GGUGCACUUUAAUAACUUGUGACUGUUGACGGACAAACUGUCGCCGAGAUAAAUUGACAGUUCGGGAUUCUGAUGACCCAUCGAUUGAUGAUUGAUUAACCGAACGUAAUUUCAUUGAGAAAAUUUAACUUUUAAAAACAUUUUUGCUGUGAUGUUGAAAGUAACAAACGUUAGAAAAUUUAAUUCGAACCAUCAUUGACAAAGGCAACCUCUCUUUGUGGGCAGGAGUCAUCAUUCCUCCCGUGGUACAAGAAGUGAGACAACUGCUUUGACGAUGCUACUUCCUCGUAUACUUAAACAAGACGGAGGAUCUGAUAAAUAUUCAAACGCAUGAACACCGACGUGGCAUCUUAACCUAAACUGUCAGACCGUGGAAUCCUCUGAGGCACUUAGAGCAAGGAAUGGCGUCAUUUCAAAGGGGGCCAAAGAUGCUGCUCGUUUUUAUAAUCAUUUCGGCUUCAGCCGCGAUACAAGAGGGUUUAACCGCAGAAAGAAAGGUGGAUAUCCGCUUCUUUGACAGAAGCUACACUGCUGGCAAAGAGGAAAUAGAGAGAAAAGUUAGCAAAGCGGCUCUCAUCGAACGGGGUUACAGUAAGACAGUAACCUUUACCAAAACAGACGAACGAUCACGACAUCUCAUUCUCCAAUACAGGAAAAUCGUUCCCUGCCACGAUAUCACAAAAGUUGAAGAAGAAUUACGUCGAAGUAUUUCUGGUAUCUGGGGACGAGAUGUUUCAGACCAAGUUCGAAAAGAAGCACUGAUGCAAAAAGGGGAAAAUCAACAAUGUACCGCCGGAAUUGAAAUCCAUGUCCCUCAAAAUGCUUGUCAACUGAAAAAGAAAGUGACCAGGCGUAGAAUUGAGCCACGCUGUGAAAGCUCUACUUGCUUCUUUUGCUUCACAGUUUCGUCAGUAAAUCAGUAAAGUGUCCGUUAAAUUGUAAUUUAAGCAGUGGCUAACGCUUAAACUUCAACUUAUUUUAGAAUAGUUUAAAACGUUUAUCAGAUUAGUAGCAGUUUUGAAACGUUCAGUAAGAAGCCUAGAAUGCAAAACUGACGGGCUAAUAAGCUCCUUGUACGGACAAUAAAGGCUAUUUUGUAUCAAA